UUCCCUCCAUGCAAACAUGUUCAUGUCAUCAGCAGAUGACGGAGCAGAGCAUGGCUUCCACUACUCUGCUUCAGAUCCAGAUGCUGUUGUUUCCUCUGUGGUCCCUGUGAAGGAAGGAUGACAGAACCCUGCAGACCAGACGCUCCACUCCAGCCUCACCUCCACCCUGCACACACCGACUCUGCCAAUAGACCAGUGGAUGAUAAUCACUCUGAUACUUGGUGAACAAAAGGGCCAGAUUCAUAUUGGACUCCAUUUUGAAAGAUCCCUUCGUAAUGCAAAUACUGUAACACGCGAGAGAAAGAAGAAGCCGCCCACAGAGCCAGUUCAGUUUCAGGAAGCAUCAGAAGAGAAAAAGAUGAGACAGUCACUGAAGAUCAUCUUCUGCUUUAUCACAGCGGCCUGCGUGAGGGUUUUGCCUGCCACUGGGAAUCAACCGAAAAGAUGUAGCAGUGGAUCUGUUCAUGUGACUGGCUUUGUUGGAUUGUCUGUCUGCAUCAAAUGCGCAUAUCCACCUAAGAUGAAAAAUGGUGUGAAGGAAUUCUGCAGAGUCAAUGGAGACAAGUGCUCCAACCUCAUUUCUGCCCACAUGUCAAAUACCACAAGAAAAGACAGGUUUCUCCUGGAGGAUCACAAACAACAAGAGCACUACAGGGUGACCAUGUCAGAACUGACCGUGGAUGACAGUGGAAAGUAUCUGUGCCGUGUUAACUACGGUGAAACACAUGGCUGUUUGACUGAAGUCACCUUGGCAGUGAAGAAGUUGGAUGACGUUGAGCCGACUGUAGUCCCUGGUGUUCUUGGCAGAAGCGCUGCGAUCACUUGUCCCUAUCACGACAGUCACAGGGAUGAUGACAAGUGUCUGUGCAAGGGAGCGGAUCCCCGCACUUGUGAUGUCCAGAAAAUAGUUCCGCACCGUGAGUUCAAAAGGUCAAAAUACUUCCGUGUGGUCAUCAGAAAUCUGACCAAGAAGGACAUCGAUACUUACUGGUGCUGCUCAAAUACAACAUGGCGCCACGGAGUUUUCCAAAUAAAGCUUUCUCAUUCUGAACAUCAUCAAAGAAAGGGGAAGAGCGACUCUUCAUCUAGCGAGGUCACUGACGCGUCUGAGAAAAGAGAGGGAUCAGGCACACAGUCAUCUGACGGCCGAAAUAUUCCCAAAGUGAUUUCCGUUGUUGUUGGUGUGCUGUUGGUCGUGACAGCGUCUGUGGCAUCUGUGGCACUUUACAAACUGAAGCUCAGCAAGAACACAGGGCGCAGUGCGGAGAGGCAGGAACAUCCUCCACACAAUUUUAAGGAACCCCGGGAGGAUCACCAGUAUGAGGAGAUCAGUGAACCGCCUUGCGCACAGACUCCAGGACGCCAGUUGACCACCGUUUAUGUCACUGUCAAUCGUCCAGAAGAGAACCUUCAAUACGCUUCCGUUCAUUUCCAGAAAAACACUGACGAUAAAGUGGAGUAGAAUGUAGCGGGCACUGACGGAUUCGAAUUCUCCUGCUAGUAUAAACAGCUGCAUUUCAUUUUCCAGGUCUCGAGCUGCCACUUUUCUUUUCUUAAGAAUCAUGUGGCUCUUAUGUUAAAAAAAAGCAGGACGUCACUUCUUUUUUAACUUUUAUUUCAUGCGUUACAAGUUUUCAAUGUUAUCGUAUGACGUACACCGUAGAUUGUUGCUAUUUAGCGCCUCCAUGUGGCGGGUAUGAGAUUGUGCCAUU